UCUCUUACAGAAAAAAUUGAAAUUAGUGUAAACACCGGUUUCAACUAAAUAUCUAUUUAUAUUACCAAUUGCAACAUUUUUUCCCAUCAUGGAAGCACCAGAACAAUGUGAACCUAUUAUUAUUUUAGAUCCAGACCAAGAAGAAUUAGAUCUUAAUCAUGGACGUGUUGGAAAGAUUGAAAAUCUUGAGCCAUUAAGAAAUCUUCAGAGACUUUACUUGCGAUGGAAUCAAAUUAAAGUCAUAGAAAAUCUUGACACUCUAUCAUCAUUAGAGGAACUGGAACUUUAUGACAAUCAGAUAGUGAAGAUUGAAAAUUUGCAUGCGCUGGUUAAUUUAAAAUUACUCGACAUCUCAUUUAAUCGUCUGCACAAUAUUGAAAAUCUUAAUAGUCUUGUGACAUUGGAGAAGCUCUUUCUAUGCUCGAAUAGGAUUUCUACCAUUGAAAAUCUUUCUUCACUUUCAAACCUCACAAUGCUUGAACUCGGUGACAACAAAAUUCGAGAAAUUAAAAAUUUAGAUUCGCUGACAAAUUUGACGCAUUUAUAUUUGGGUAAAAACAAAAUAACAACCAUUCAGAACUUGGACAAACUUACGAAUCUUGUGUGUCUGAGCUUGCAGAAUAAUCGAGUGACAAAAAUUGAAAAUCUUGAUAAUUUAGUUAAUCUCACAGAGUUGUAUUUGUCAGAAAAUGGAAUUGAAAAAAUUGAGAAUUUGGAAAAGAAUGAAAAGAUCGAGACAUUGGAUAUUGCAAAGAACCGAAUAAAGGCGAUUGAGAACGUUGAACAUCUAUCAGCAAUGGAAGAGUUUUGGGCAAAUGACAAUCAAAUCAGCUCAUGGAAUUCUUUGGAUCAAUUGAAAGCAAAUAAAAAACUUGAAACAGUUUACUUGGAAAGGAAUCCAAUUGCAGCUGAUGUUCAAUAUCGAAGGAAAAUUUCUUUAGCCAUUCCCUGGCUUAAAAAAAUUGAUGCAACUUUAUGUACAUCAAAUCAGUGACUUGAGAGAAUUGUUAUGACAUAAGCAAACUGCCUGCAAGUCAUUUAUUUAAUUUCAUUUACUUUAGGAAUUAUUAAUUGCAAAAUGAAAAUUUGAUUAAAAUAAAGUUUAAAAUAAAGAAAAUGUAUGUUUGAUGUUGUAUCUUCAAAUUAAUGAAAAUAAAUUAGUCACAACUUCGACAAUUCAUUAAAGAAUUCAAA